GAUUUCUAAGCAAAAAAAAUGACCACUUUACUGAACAAACACCUCUCUCAAGUCUCAAGUUUCCAGAUAAAGAGAAUUGUUGACGGAGACAAGAAGACUCUUUUCUUUUUCCUUUUAACACUCUCUCUCUCAGUCUUAAAAGACCCAUUUUUUAAUCUCUCCUCUCUCUCACUCUGAACUCCCAACAAAACGCAAAACGAGUCAGUGAAAAGAUUCUCACGCGCCAAAAAAAACUCCCUGACCAUGGCGUCGGACUCUUUCAAGCAUAUGUCUUUCCACGGCGUCUCCGCCUUCUCCUCCAUAACCGUCGAAAUCAAAAACUUUUUCUCCGCCGUGAAACCGAGAAAAACCUCGACUUUUGUCUACGCCUUCCUUAUAACAUUCGUUGCCUUCACUGUUUUCAUAGCCUUUAGUCCUUCUCCCAUCACAGUCGCUCCUUCCAUCUCUUCGUAUGUUCUUCCUAACGUUACUGUCUCGAAUCUAUCCAACUCUUCACCGUCGACCCUCGAUUCCAAUUUCACCACAUUCCGAGCACCGGCGCCGGAAAAUCUGACGGCAGUUACUAAAAACGUAACCUUUGAGAAAACAGAACCGGUUGCUAAAAACAACACUUUUCAGUUCAAGACCGAUCAUGCACAGGAAAACAUUUCGUGUCCUGACAACAAGACUGAUGAUGAUACUGUUCGAGAUUUGGACAAACAUCGACCCGUGAAAGCACCUCUGUCGGAGGUUCUAGCAGUUAAUUCAACAGCUUCUCCGAAGCGAAAACAGAGGAGGAAGUCGUCGCUGAGAAAAGAGAUCGAGUCUCUGAAGAAUUGCGAGUUCUUCGAGGGAGAUUGGGUCAGAGACGAUUCGUAUCCGCUUUACAAACCAGGUUCGUGUAAUCUGAUCGAUGAACAGUUUAAUUGUAUUCUCAACGGAAGACCUGACGUGGAAUUCCAGAAGUUGAAGUGGAAACCAAAGAAAUGCACUUUACCAAGAUUAAAUGGAGGGAAAUUGCUGGAGAUGAUUAGAGGAAAAAGGCUUGUGUUUGUUGGAGAUUCACUAAAUAGAAACAUGUGGGAGUCUUUGGUUUGUAUUCUUAAAGGAUCAGUGAGAGAUGAGACUCAAAUCUUUGAGGCUCAUGGAAGGCAUCAGUUCCGUUGGGAAGCUGAGUACUCUUUCGUUUUCAAAGAUUAUAGUUGCACUGUGGAGUUCUAUGCAUCGCCUUUCUUGGUUCGAGAAUGGGAAAUUAUGGACAAGAACGGGAUGAAGAAGGAGACUUUGCGGUUAGAUUUGGUCGGGAAGUCAUCGGAGCAGUACAAAGGAGCAGAUAUUCUUGUGUUCAAUACCGGACAUUGGUGGACUCAUGAUAAAACUUCCAAAGGGGAGGAUUAUUAUCAAGAAGGGAGCAAUGUUUACCGGAAACUAGACGUGGAUGAAGCUUUCCGUAAAGCAUUGACAACUUGGGGUCGAUGGGUUGAUAAGAAUGUGAAUCCAAAGAAAUCACUUGUUUUUUUUCGCGGUUACUCCCCGUCACAUUUCAGCGGUGGGCAAUGGAACGCGGGAGGAGCAUGCGAUGAUGAAACAGAACCGAUAAAGAACGAGACUUACCUAGCUCCUUACAUGCUGAAAAUGGAGAUACUUGAAAGAGUUCUCAGGGGAAUGAAAGCGCCUGUCACGUAUCUCAACAUAACGAGGUUAACGGAUUACAGGAAGGACGCUCACCCGUCGAUAUACCGGAAACAGAAACUAACCGCGGAAGAAAGUAAAUCACCAUUAUUGUACCAAGACUGUAGCCACUGGUGUCUCCCUGGGGUGCCUGAUUCUUGGAACGAAAUUCUCUAUGCCGAGUUGCUCGUUAAACUUAACCAGCUUGGCGGCAAAAGACGGCGGAAACCUUAGAUAUAUCAUUGUAGUUGAUUCCACAAUUCCACAUCAUUUUAGAUGGAUACAGAGCUUUUAAUGGAUCAAAAGAGAGGAAACACUGGUGUAUUGUAAACCCCUAUUCAUGGGAGAGGUUUGAGAUUGUAAAUGGCUUUUUGAUUACAAUGAAUAGUAAAGAUAUUGCAGCA